AUGGCCAAGCCUGGCUUCUACGCAGUGAGCGUAGGCAAGAAGCCGGGCAUAUACACAGACUGGGCCAGCUGCGAGAGUCAAGUCAAGGGAUAUCCCGGUGCAAAGUACAAGAAGUUUCCGACUCGAGAUCAGGCUCAAGAGUUUUGUCGGCUCCCUGCUCACGUUGUGAUUGCUCGACAUGACCCCCUACAGCGACACGACGAUCACCGCUCGAGUUUGCAAGAUUCAAUCGCGUCGGAUGACCGUCCUGUGCUUGAUCUUGACCGCAGCAACGCCAAGCAAGAGUCUUCAGUGCAAGCAAGCGCCUCUUCCUCAGACGCACGGGAAGACAUCGAUACGGCUCCGUCGAAGCAGAACGGCUCGAGAGUCAAACGGCCGAUCCCGAGCAUGCCAGAUUCUAUCUCGCUCGUGGCGAGUUUGGCAGAGCCAGCACGAGAGCCAAAGGUCGACUCACCAGCCAAGAAGCCAAAACAAGGUCAGAGAAAGGUCGUGUACACCGAUGGGAGCUGUCUGAGUAACGGUCAAGCGCGUGCUCGUGCGGGCUACGGCGUUCAUUGGCCAGACAAAGACUACCCAGAUCUAUUCGAAGCGCUAGAGGGCGAAGCGCAGACGAACCAGAGAGCAGAGCUGACCGCUAUCCUCUCUGCUGUUCUGCAAGACUUACCGCAUGCAUCUCCGGGCGACGUGCUCGAGAUCUUCACAGACUCCCGCUAUGCGAUCAAUUGUCUGACAGUAUGGGCGCACAACUGGGAAAGGAACAAUUGGAAGAGUUCGACGGGCAAGGAGGUGCAAAAUCGCGACUUGGUCGAGAGUACACGAGAGGUGAUGAGCAGCUAUCCUGGCAAGAUCGUCUUGAGACACGUCAAGGGACACGCUGAUUCUCAGCCUAAUAACGAAGCCGAUCGCUUGGCCAACAUGGGCGCCCUCUUGUUGCUCAGGUCGGGCGAAUGCCUCAAGGGCGUACGGCAACAGACGAUGCCUGACGAUGCGGUAUUCCCACGCUUCCGCGCGAGACGAGUCCAAGCCUCCAUGCACUCGGUAGCUGUCGCGAGUGAUCUCGCAAUGCAGCCUUGUCGGGGGUCUCGUCACUACUUUGUCGCAUUGCUGCCUUUUGCACAACGAUGCGACGACUGCUCGCGACGAUAUGUAGCCUCUACUGCGCUCUCGCAAUUCACUGCAAUCUGCGCACCUCGCGCAGCACCUCAUCACAUUGUGUUCGGUACCGACAAUGCAGCAAUCCGAGCAGAUCUACAAAUACCUCGAUCUCUCUUCACGCCCUCUCAUCUGACCGUCGUUGACAAGCAAGGUCUCGAUAGCGUUCAGGGCGUCACUGCCGAUAUUUGGGAACAGACGAUACUCUUCAAGACGAGUAUGCGCCCGAGCGAUGCUGCAUACGGUCCAUGCUGCAUCGGAUACUGGGUUGCAGAGCUCGAUCUUGGCAUCAAUUCUUAUUCACUGAACAACGGCUGGUCGUCUGCGCAAUUGCUUUGCGGACCGGUCUACGAAGAGACGCCAGGCGCAUGCAAAGCCGGUAUCCCGGGGUACCCACCCGUCUUCACCCUUUGCAAUGUCACGACCACGUGGGCCCAGAGUGCCAUGUGA